AUGUUCCUAAAACUUAGCAGGAAGACGCAACUUGCUAUCGAGUACUGCUACCAGGUUCGAUCACGAUCGCCGGCAACAUGGGUCUUCUGGGUUCAUGCAAGUAAUAUGACUCGGUUUGAAGAAGGGUUCCGAGCCAUAGCGGACCGGGUCAAAAUCCCAGGGCGCCAGGAUCCUCAGGUAAACUUAUUCAAAUUGGUUGAAGACUGGCUCUGGGAUGAAAAGAGAGGGAAGUGGCUUCUAAUUUUUGAUAACGUCGAUGACAAUGGUUUCCUGUGUAACCCCCCAACGACUGGGAUGAGGAACCGGUUCAACUUGAACUUGACAAAACCGCUCUUGGAAUACCUCCCGAGGAACCCGAAUGGAUCUAUUAUCUUCACGAGUCGAAGUCGGGAGAUUGCAGCGAAAAUGGUCGAUGAUAAGGACCUCAUCGAAAUUAAGCCAAUGGAAAUGUUCGAGGCAUUGGAGCUUCUCCAAAGAAAGCUUGGACAACCAGGGGCAGACCAAGAAAGUCGAAAAUUAGUGAAUGCGUUAGAGUUUAUGCCACUGGCGAUCAUACAGGCCGCUAGGUAUAUCCAAAAUCGGGAGUAUUCGGUACCGCAAUACCUAGAAGAGUUCCAAAAAAGUGACCGCGAGGCGACAAGGCUUCUCAAAAAAGAGGCAGGUCACGUCUAUCGGGACUGGGAGGCAAAGAAUUCAAUUAUGGUGACGUGGCAAAUAUCAUUCGAUUAUAUACGGCAAACAGAGCCUUCUGCUACCGAGUUGCUUUCUUUAAUGAGCUUUUUCGACCGACAAGGAAUACCAGAGAUACUUAUUCGGCGUCAACCGAGGGUCAAACGCAUAUCACGUUCGAAUCCUCGGAGUGAUUCCAGUGAAGGGGAGACAUCUGAGUCUGACACAGGCGCCAAUUUCAAAGAUGACAUCGAAACACUGAAGGAUUAUUCAUUUAUAUCUAGCAGUAAAGAUGGGCUUUUCUUUACGAUGCAUCGGCUAGUACAGCUAUCUACCCGCACGUGGUUAAGAUCUCAUGGAAAAAUACACCACUGGAGAGAGAAGUGCAUCAGCAAUUUAUUUCGCGAGUUUCCCACUGGUCUAUAUAAAGACUGGGCGAAAUGCCAGCUCCUCAUUCCUCACCUUCGAUCAGUGAUGUCUCAACGACCGAAAUCACCCGAAUCUCUACAACAAUGGGCAACUCUACUUCUCAAAGGCGCAUGGUAUGCGUCACAACGCGGUGACAUCGCAGAUAUAAGGGCAAUGGCAUCAAAGUCAAGAACCGAAAGAUUGGCUUUAUCAGGUGAAGAGCAUGAAGAAUUUCUUGAUAGCAUAGAUAUGUUGGCAACAGCAUACUCGCUUGAGGGUCUAUGGAAGGAGGCCGAAAAACUCUUUUUACAAGUAUUAGAGACCCGCAAGACAAAACUUGGCCAUGAUCAUCCCAAUACGCUGAGGAGUAUGGCUAACCUCGCGGUGGCGUACCGGAACCAGGGUCGGUGGGGUGAAGCCAAACAGAUUCAGUUUCAAGUGGUGGAAAUGAGCAAGGCUAAGCUCGGUGACGAUCAUCCCGACACGCUAAGGAGUAUGGGCAACCUAGCGGUGACGUACCGGAGCCAGGGCCAGUGGAAGGAGGCAACGCAGCUCCAUACACAGGUCAUAAAGACUUAUAAGACCAAGCUCGGCGGCGAUCAUCCCGACACGCUAAGAAGCAUGGCCAACCUAGCAUCGAUGCACUGGAGCCAGGGCCAGUCGGAAGAGGCCGAGCAGCUCGAUAUAUAUGUGGUAGAAAAGAGCAAGACCAAGCUCGGCGAGGAUCAUCCCUCUACCCUCACAAGCAUAGCCAACCUAGCAUCGACGUACUCGGACCAGGGCCGAUGGGAAGAGGCCGAGCAGCUCUUUAUACAGGUGAUAGAGAUUCGCAAGACGAAACUCGGCGAACUACAUCCUGAUACGUUGAUAAGUAUUGCCAAUCUGGCAUCCACGUACUUAGACCAAGGCCGAUGGGAAGAGGCCGAGCAGCUCCAGAUACAGGUGGUAGAGAUCUACAAGAUGAAACUCGGCGAACACCACCCUGAUACGUUGAUGAGUAUUGCCAACCUGGCAUCUAUAUACUCGAACCAGGGCCGACAGGAAGAGGCCGAGAAGCUCGACGUAUAUGUGAUAGGGAUGCGCAAGACAAAACUUGGCAGCGAUCAUCCUGACACGCUGACGAGUAUUGCCAACCUAGCAUCGGUGUACUCGCACCAGGGCCGAUGGGAAGAGGCCGAGCAGCUCUUUAUGCAGGUGGUAGAGAUUCGCAAGACGAAACUCGGCGAACAACAUCCUGAUACGUUAAUGAGUAUUGCCAAUCUAGCAUCGGUGUACUCGCACCAGGGCCGAUGGGAAGAAGCCGAGCAGCUCUUUAUGCAGGUGAUAGAGAUUCGCAAGACGAAACUCGGCGGAGAUCAUCCCGACACAUUAGCGAGUGUUGCCAACCUAGCAUCGGUAUACUUAAACCAAGGCCGAUGGGAAGAGGCCGAUCAGCUCUUUGUGCAGGUGAUAGAAACCCGCAAGAUGAAACACGGUAGCGAUCAUCCUGACACAUUAACGAGUAUGGCAAACCUAGCUGUGAGCUAUAUGAGCCAGUGCCGAUGGGAAGAGGCCGAGCAGCUCCUUAUACAAGUGAUAGAAACUCGGAAGACGAAAAUUGGCGGCGAUCAUCCUCACACGUUAACGAGUAUGGCUAACUUGGCCUCAACGUACCGUAAACGGGGCCGACAGGAAGAGGCCGAGCAGCUCGACGUAUAUGUGAUAGGAAUACGCAAGACAAAACUUGGCAGCGAUCAUCCUGACACGCUGACAAGUAUUGCUAACCUAGCAUCGGCGUACUUGGACCAGGGCCGAUUGAAAGAAGCCAAGCAGCUCCUUGUGCAGGCGAAAGAAACUCGCAAGCUGAAGCUCGGCUCAUCCUCAAAUGCUGACGAACAUGACCAACCUGGUAUCGACAUCUUAGACCAGGGCCGGUAG